CCCUAGUUUGCCUGAGGCUGCGGCCGACCAACAACAAGGCGGCACCCACAAGUUUGCCCCAAAGUGCAUAUGAUUGUUUAGCGCUCAGUAUUCGACCCUGAGAAUAGAUCAUACAAGAAGGAAGAUAACUCGGGUGGUUGCUUGUUAUAGUGAUUCCCCACGAAAGAUCUCUCCUGGAGUCUAAUAGAGUUCCGGUUUACCAUGUCCCAGCGGACUUAUGAGGCGGUCAAAGGAUUUUUCGUGCAGGAAAGUGGCGCUCUCCGCGGUCAAGGCGAGCUUCCUCCUCGAUUCGGGCUGAUAGACAGUUCCGAUGAUCGAUGGAAGACGUUCAGGCAAGAGAUAGAUCGGCUCAAUACGUCCUCUCCUGCCAACACGCAGUACAAGGUCAUAUUCGUGGGGAGACACGGUCAAGGCUUUCAUAACGUAGCCGAGGGGAAAUACGGCACCGAGGUGCGACCUACUAUCUAUUGGGCGAGAGAGUACGGCGAUGGAGAAUUGAUCUGGGGACCGGAUCCGGAAUUGACGGAGGUUGGCAAGGAUCAGGCGAAAUCGGCGCAUGACGCAUGGAAACAAGAACUUAAAUUCGACAUUCCCCUUCCGGGGAAGCUCUACUCCAGUCCUCUGACGCGAGCUAUCCAUACACACCAGAUAACAUUCGACUCUAUUAUACCUAAAUCGCAGCGAACCAUGAUUGUCGAGGACCUUAGAGAAGUAAACGGCGUUCAUACCUGUGACAAGCGAAGAACGCGCACUUAUAUCGCAAAAAAAUUCCCUGACUAUGACAUCGAAGAAGGGUUCGUAGAGGAAGAUAUAUACUGGAACUCUGAAAAGAGGGAGACUCACGGAGAUAUCGAUAUCCGAAUGAAGCGUGUACUCGACAUGAUCUUUGACAGGGACGAGGAACAAUUCAUCUCGUUCACUGGCCAUGGGGGUAUCGUUGGCUCAGUGCUGCGGGUCACAAAGCACAAACUAUACGUGUUACCCACUGGAGGGGUUUUACCGGUGAUUGUUAAGUCAUCUAUAUCUUAGGAUUUUGCUCCAGGAAGUCUUGGCGCAAUAUCUCGAGAAAGAUGUCAAUGAAGGAGUGGUGGAAGUUUCUGAGUCGUAUUCGGGCUCGCUUUCAAAAUGUCUUGUUUGAUCUGAAAUGGAUAAAGUCCGCACUGUCCACAGCAUUACGUGUAUAUUUAAAUGGUCU